AUGUCCCAAGACUCUGUUAUUCCCUUGGAGUCAAAUCCCGAAAUCUUUACUCAAUUCGGUCGCAAGCUCGGCCUUUCGCCACUUCUUUCGUUUUUCGAUGUCUAUUCUCUCACAGAUCCCGACCUGGUGUCUUUUCUUCCGAGACCUGUCUACGCGUUGAUUCUCCUGUUUCCUGUGACAGAACAGUAUGAAAGCCUCAAAGGGGAAGAGGAAAAAGCCAGAGACCAAGAGAAGGACGAUAAGUUUGAGGAGAUCAUCUGGUUCAAACAGCUCCUUAGAAAUGGUUGCGGUCUGUACGGCCUGCUUCAUGCCCUUUGCAAUUUGCCCGAAGGGCUUUUAGUGCAAGAUUCGCCAGUCGAGACAUUUAUUCACAACGUGAGACAGCUGCCGAACGUGAACAACUCAAACAAUCACGACGAGAAAUCCAAGCUCGUCAAAGAGCUCUCUCUGUCGCUCUACGAGACAUACAGCAAACAGGGCCAGACAGAAGCGCCAAGCUCGGAGGAGGACGUUAACUUACACUUUAUAUGCUUUACAAAAGCCAGAGUCGGAUGCCAUUAG